CUUGAAAAUAGUGAACAAAGGAGAAAGCAGGAAAUAUAUAUAAAAAAUAAAGAGCAAAGGAAUACUGAUCAAACGCCCGCGCCAACCAAGAGAGAAUAUAUGGAGGCAGAGACCAGUGCAGCUAAUGCUCCAGCAAGUGCAGCUAGUGAUACUCCGGUUACUAUGAAAAAGAUGAUAAUGGUGGCUAUCGAUGAGAGCGAGGAGAGUUUCUAUGCUCUCAAAUGGGCAUUAGAUAAUUUGAUCAACGAUCCUUCUAUUAUCAUCACUUUGAUCAAUGUCCAACUUCCUUUUACCCCCAUGGUUUAUCCUGCUGGACCUGUUGUGUUUGCGGCGCCUACUGUUGUUGAAGCUGUGAAAAAAGGACAACACGAGAAUGCAACUAGAAUACUGUCUCGGGCACUCCAUCUCUGCAAACAAAAGAUGGUGAAGGCGGAGACUCUGAUCCUAGAUGGGGACCCAAAAGAUAUGAUAUGUCAAGCUGCACAUGAACUGCACGCUGACCUUCUAGUAGUCGGUAGCCGAGGGCUCGGCAAGAUUAAAAGGUGGAGUUUCCUGUGACACUGUGUGAAGACAUUCGAAGAGGCACAUGCAUGAAUGUUGUUGCAUACACUAUUGUUCUGACCACCGUAAAAGUUGUUGGGAUUAGAGUUUUAAGGUUUUCACUCCAUAUGUCCAAGCCUGGAAUUGAUCCUUACACCUCUUAAGUUAAUAACUCAAUAUCCAAUCCAUUACACCAUUAGUCUUCUACUGGGGAAGUUCCCGCUGUAAAGCUUAUGAUCGACAAUCAUUUGGACUUGUCUGAAUUUGCAACAAGUCCAAUCUCUGAAAUAUGUUUUAAAGCUUCCACAAUUCUCUGCAU